AUGUUGAACUUCCUUCUGUUUAUUUUUUCGCUUUUCUCCUCCUCUUACUGUAUUUGCUUUCUUAUUUUUCUCCUUCUUGCUUCUUCAUAUGCGCUAGAUUUCCUUCUUCUUGUCGAGAACUUCUUUUUCUUAUCAGUUUUUCUUUUUCUUAUCAUUUUCUUUUUUCUUUCCCUUAUCAUUUUUUCUUUUUAUCAGUUUAUUUUUGUCAGUUUAUUUUUAUCAGUUUUUUUGUUUCUCUUAUCAGUUUUUCUUUUUCUUAUCAGUUUCUUUUUCUUUUUUGUAUCGGUUUAUUUUCUUAUCAGUUUUCAUCUUUUCUUCUUAUCAGUUUUUCUUUUUCUUAUCAGUUUCUUUUUCUUUUUUGUAUCGGUUUAUUUCAUUGUCAGUUUUUCUUUUUCUCAUCAGUUUUCUUUUUCUUUUUUAUCAGUUUUUCUUUUUCUUUUACUUAUCAGUUUCGUUUUCAUUUUUGUAUCAAUUUCUUUUUUUCUCAGCAUUUUUUCUUAUUUUUUUCUUAUCAGUUUCUUUUUCUCACCAGAGUCUUUUUCUUAUCAGUUUUUCUUUUUCUAUUUCUUAUCAGUUUCCUAUUCUGUUUCUUAUAAGUUUCUAUUUCUUUUUGUAUCAGUUACUUUUUUCUUAUCAGUUUUUCUUUUUUCUUUUUCGUAUCAGUUUUUUUUUCUUAUCAGUUUUUCCUGUUUCUUAUCAGUUUUUCAUUUCUUAUCAGUUUCUUUUUCUCAUCAGUUUUUUCUGUUUUUUUUUCUUAUCGGUUUUUCCCAUCAUUUUUUUCUUUUUCUUUUCUUAUCAGUUUUUCUUUUUCUUAUCAGUUUUUCUUCUCUUAUCAGUUUAUCUUUCUCGUCAGUUCCUUUUUCUUUUUCUCAUCAGUUUCUUUUUCAUACCAGUUUCUUUUCUUUUUAUUGGAUGACAUUCUUGUUUUUCCUUCUUUGCUUUCUUCAAAAUCUCUUUCUUAAUAAAUAUAUGUCUCCUUCCUUCCUUCCUUUCUUUCUUUCUUUCUUAUUAAAACGCAGUAUUGGUUUAUUUUUCUAUUGUGACCCUUUUUAUGUCGAUUUUUUCUUUCUUUUCAUUUUCUUUCUUUUCAUUUUCUUUCAUUAUCUUUUUAAUGCAUUUGUUCUUUCUUUCUUUCUUUCUUUCCGUUUUCUUAUUUCUUUCUUAUUAAAAUACAUUAUUUUUCCUUUGUGA